CAAAAUUCUCAGCUGAUUUUUCAAAAUCCAGCAUUGAUGGAAGCAGAGGCAGUCUUGAAGCUCUUUGAUUCUUGCUGGUUUGGCCUUCAAAAUUUGAAGGAACACUCAAGUUCUUUAACAUCAACAAGUUCUCAUGAAAACCCAGAUCAUAAAAUUGAAGAAGGACAAUCAGAACCUGUGCUUUUGAGCAUCCAAACCAGUCAUACAAGGUCCAUGAGCGACCAGUUGAGCUCCAUGACAUGCUUCAAGCAUGAUUCUCUUUCCCCAGACUCUGUCUUUUUCUCACCAAAGCUCCAAACCGUCCUCUCAGGAAAAGAAGUCACAGAAACAGAAGCUGAAAAGCAAGCACAGGUGCAACUUGAAGUGUUGUUACCUAAGAAGAACAUCACAACCCGGGAAAGGAGAAAAAGGGAAAGCAAGAGUUUGUCAGACCUUGAGUUUGAGGAGCUAAAAGGGUUCAUGGAUCUGGGUUUUGUUUUCUCAGAGGAAGAUAAAGACUCAAGCUUGGCUUCAAUAAUUCCUGGGUUGCAAAGGUUGGGGAAGAAUGAUGAUGAAGAACAAGAAGAAGAUUCUAAUGAUGAGCCAGCAGUUCCAAGACCUUACCUUUCUGAAGCAUGGAAGGAAAGGGAAAGAAGAAAGAAAGAAAACCCGCUUAUGAAUUGGAAAAUUCCAGCUCUUAACAAUGAAAUUGACAUGAAAGAUAGUCUCAGAUGGUGGGCUCACACUGUUGCUUCCACCGUCAGAUGAUGAAGUUCAUGGUUCAAGUUGUUUCUGUAUAACAUAAGUAUUUUGCUUAUAUCUUUGAAAUUUUAUUUAAUUUUUUUUUGGCUAUAUUCAUUUCCUACUUUUCUAUAUCUUUAACCCUUUUUCCUUCUGAAAUCUGGUA